UGUAAAAGUGUUUUGUGGUAUGUAAUAAAUGAAUAGGCAUCGUCUUGGAUUAGCUAAACCACAAUAAUACUAGAUAUUAUUAUAUGAAGUGAUAGGGACUUUUGUAGUUGUUUAUAAAUAUUAUUUUUUAUUUUAUAUUCACGUUUUAACCUCAUCAUUCAAAUGUCUCUAGUGCACUCCCAAAGGAUUGGAUUGAAUUACUCCUAAACUAUAGCCGGUGAACAAACACUGUCAUGACACUAGUAGGACUACUUCUGAUCAGCACCACAUUGGUCAUCUGCCAUGGACAGUCGCUUCCUCAGCUCAACUUUCACUUCGCCUCUCCGGACUAUCCAGGUCGAGUACCAGAAACAUUAGACGUCCAUUUGGAUGAGGAGCUUGACCACCUGCUGUAUGGACUCAUGUGUAGGUAUGAGGGAAAUAGGUUUACUGUGCGCAUCGACCCAAGCGACGGAGUCACCAAAGUCAUAGACGACAGCAUGGCGAUGACCAACGAGACCGAAGGCGCCAUUCGCUGCAUGACAUCUAAGAAGCCUGAGAGAGUAGGCUGCGAGGAACCAGCCUUCUGCGCCCUGGGCAACAUCUGCACCGCCAGAUUGAAGGCGCCUUGCAACCGGUACAAGACCUUCAACCGUUGGUUGAUGACCGAGUACGUCGACGUGUCGUUCGAUAACGAGGAGGGAAAGAUCCACGUGGUCAAGUGCUUCACCAAGUGCGUGUCCAUUUCCGCCUUGGAGUCGGACAGUCAGAGCAGAAGUGGGAGGCUCUCCUACCUGGCUGUCAUCCUCAUCGUCGUGGGAGUGGUGCUGGCAGCAAUUCUACUGGUGGUUCUGAUUGUCAUUUACAAACUCCGGGACGGAGGGCUGAUGCGAAAGAUAGAGCGGAAGCGUAGUGUGGUGACAGAACUAGUUCAAUAACAUCAUCAUUUACACUCUCUUGUGACUCUCAAUAGCUAUUGUACACCGUUUGGCUACCAACAGAACAGACAAGCGUCUAGGAACAAUUACAAAUCCAGCCACACAUAUCUUAUUAGAUCGACUUGUAGAAUCUUAGCUGGUUUCUAAUCAUAAAAUAUGAAUCGUACUUUUCCUCCAUCUUUUUUUGUAUACCAUCUACCUGUCAUCUUGCAUUCAAGCAUUAAUUUAAUAUAAGAGUAUAUGAUCUCAUUUGAACGUAUUCACUAAUACGUAUACUACAAUAGCUAUGUAAAAAGUCGCAACAGAAUCUAAUAAUUAAUUUCAUCAAAAAUAUGUAAAGACUAUAUACUUUCAAUUAUUAGUUGGUGUUGUAAUUAUCACAAUCCAAUUAGGCAACGUUUUCAUAGGCAUGUUGUUGUCAUUUUUACAGGGCUGGCAUUGGGCCGAUUUCACCGAUUGCUUCAUAUUGGGCCCUGCGCCUGGCAGGAGCCCGGCAAUUUUUUACAUUUACCAUAUCAUUCUCAUAUCAUUCUCAGUCAUGUCUCGUAUAACGGGCCAAGAUGUAGGACUUAAAGGGUUAGCAUAUCUAUUAUAUCGUACGAUUGACGUAACUUUUAAUUAACCCACUGGCGCCUAUUACGUUUGAGCUGCUUUCUAUGAGUACCGGUAUUGUAUAAUAAAAAUGUUGAUAUAAAGCUCUAAUUAAUAAUUAUAGUUGUUAUUGUAUUAAAAAAUAGAAGAGUGGCCACUAAUUACGGAAUUGAUUAUGCUAACAGUAAAUAUGUUUUAUACAUUGUAAAUAUGAAUUCUAAAUGGCAUGUUAUAUUCAUGCAAUGUAAGCUCUUCGUUCCACUUGGACUCUUAUAAAAAUAACAUUUUCAUCAUUUCAUUCUAGCUGAAAAAAAAUUACAUUUAUUAAAUUUCAAAUGUAUCUCAAACGUUAUUGAUGUAUCAUUGUCUAAGUUACACGUUUUGCAAGUGGGAAUGGCGUAUAAUGUAAAUUAUGUGUUGUAAUACUAAUGACAAGGAUGAAGGAUCAGUGCAGUGUUUCACAUGGUUUGGCAAACCCGGUUACAAACUGCAUAUUUUUCUCCAAAUUCAAUGCAUUGUGUAAUCCACACAAAAAAUUUUUGUUUAUAUAAAUAUCUUUUUCACUCACUCUUCUUCACAAUUUUCCCCGGCUUUCUUUUUAUUUUAUGUUUGUUUUUUUUUUUUUUUUUCGCUUCUCUCUCUCCUUGUGAGUGUUGUUCUAAUCAGUUUCAUUUACUCACCGCUGACACCAUCAGAUUAGUUUUUCCUAAUCUAUCCACUCUAUUUUGUUCAAUCUUUCAUGUAUUAUUUUCUCCCUAUUUCUUCACUUUUCAACUUAAAUGAUUCCCAACAAAAUUGUCUGAUUCUCUAUCUACUAGCACAUAUCUCUCUCUCUCUCUCUUUCUCUCUCUCUCUCUCUCUCUCUCUCCUGUAUUUUUUACUGGAAUAAAAGAAACUUAUUGAAAUGC